AUGCUGUGUUCCUUGUUGUUAGUCGCUGUCCUUAUUUCUCAGACACUCGUCUUUGCUGAAGACGAUGACUCAACCAUGGCUUUGAAAUUUCUGAGCCAGUACUACUACAUUUCUUCGACAAGAUCAGGAAACCAUGACGUGGAAACUGCCAUUCGCCGGUUUCAGGAGUUUACUGGUCUCUCCGUGACUGGAGAGCUGAACGAACAAACCAUCGCUCAAAUGAAAAAACCUCGUUGUGGAAUGGCGGACGUGGACGAGGAGGGACGUGUUAAGAGGUACAAGACUGGUUCAAAAUGGAGCAAGAAGGACCUGACUUAUUUUGUAGAACAUGGCGCGGACUUACCGCAAGAUCUUCAAGACAAAAUAUUCGCCAAAGCAUUAAAGUUCUGGUCCGAUGUAUCAGGGUUGUCUUUCUCUCAAGCCUCUAGUGCAAGCAGCGCCGAUAUUAAAAUCAGCUUUGGAAGUAAGACUCAUGGUGGCAACUCCGAAAGAACAUGUUAUUAUCCCUUUGACGGCUGAGGUGGAGUACUUGCGCAUGCUUUCUUUCCAUCAAAUGGCCGCGCCCAUUUUGACGAGGAUGAGAAUUUCACUGACGGUACCAGUCAAGGUACAAACCUUCUGUGGGUCGCUGUACACGAGUUUGGUCACUCACUGGGAAUCCACCACUCAGAUGUGAGAAAUGCUGUCAUGUAUCCCUAUUACACUAGAUAUGUUCCAAAUAUGAAACUAUAAAAGGAUGACAUCGACGCUAUUCAGUUCCUUUACGGUAAGAAGUACACUGAACAGUAA